GAUGGCGGCGGUACUGCCGAGACGGAGCAGCCGCUCGGCUUAACCGAUCAUUUUCUCUAAUUCACCGGGGCAGAUCGGAUUCAAAUCGUGCAGCGCAACUGUGUGAAAACACCCGCAGCCUGCGAUAUCCAACGUGAGAUCCUGUCGCGUUAAACCCGGGUUUUAUUUUUCACGGAAAAUGCUCUUAGUCUAGUUUAUGUGUCUCGUCCAUUAGCUGUAUUGGGGAGAAUGGGAGAAAAGCUGGAGUUAAAACUGAAGUCGCCGGUCGGAGCCGAAGCUGCAGGCUACCCGUGGCCCUUACCUGUAUAUGAUAAACAUCAUGAUGCUGCACAUGAAAUCAUCGAAACCAUUCGCUGGGUGUGUGAAGAGAUCCCAGAUCUUAAGCUGGCCAUGGAGAACUACGUUCUUAUUGACUACGACACCAAGAGCUUUGAGAGUAUGCAGAGACUGUGUGAUAAGUACAACAGAGCCAUUGACAGCAUUCACCAACUGUGGAAAGGGACCACCCAACCCAUGAAACUGAACAAGCGGCCUUCCAAAGGCCUGCUGCGUCACAUCCUGCAGCAGGUCUACAACCACUCCGUCACCGACCCAGAGAAACUCAACAACUACGAGCCGUUCUCUCCUGAGGUGUACGGAGAGACCUCUUUCGACCUGGUGGCUCAGAUCAUUAAUGAGAUGGAGAUGAUGGAAGAGGACACCUUUGUGGAUCUGGGCAGUGGAGUUGGUCAGGUAGUCCUGCAAGUCGCUGCAGCCACCAGCUGUAAACACUACUAUGGCGUGGAGAAAGCAGACACUCCAGCAACCUAUGCAGAGUCAAUGGACAGGGAGUUUAAGAGAUGGAUGAAGUGGUAUGGCAAAAAACAUGGCGAGUACACGCUGGAAAGGGGAGAUUUCCUUUCAGAAGAAUGGAGGGAACGAAUAGCCAACACAAGUGUUAUUUUUGUGAAUAACUUUGCCUUUGGUCCUGAGGUGGACCACCAGCUGAAGGAACGAUUUGCCAAUAUGAAGGAAGGUGGAAAAAUUGUAUCCUCAAAACUUUUUGCACCUCUUAACUUCAGAAUAAACAGCCGAAACUUGAGUGAUAUUGGCACAAUAAUGAGAGUAGUUGAGCUGUCCCCUCUGAGGGGAUCGGUGUCAUGGACGGGGAAGCCAGUGUCGUACUAUCUGCAUACAAUAGACCGCACCAUACUUGAAAACUAUUUUUCUAGUCUCAAAAAUCCUAAACUCAGGGAGGAGCAGGAGGCAGCCAGAAGGCGCCAGCAGAAGGACAGUAAGGAGAAUAAGAGCAACACCGUGUGUGUGUAUAUAUAUAUAUAUAUACACACACACACACGUACACAGCAUGAUUUUGGUGGUGAGGAGAAGCGUUCCAACUCGCUCGUGCCAGUGAAACCGUCACCGAAACCCCGCCGGGCCAAACUGCUGCCUAGGGGCCGCAAGCUAGGCAACAGGAAGCGUGGGCGGCCUAAGAAGGCUGCUGCUGCCACUGCAGCCAAGCGCAAGAACAAGAAGAGCCAGAGCGCCCUUGAUCUGCUUCACGCUAAGACCCUCUCAGCGGCCCCCCAUCAGGAUGCAUACAGGUCACCACAGAGUCCGUUCUAUCAGCUACCUCCCAAAGUGCAGCAUUAUACAUCGAGCCAGCUUCUCAUGGGCAACACUCCACCAGGCCUGCAGGCUCUUCUCGAUAAUGUGAAAGUCCAGUACCUGCAGUUCAUGGCCUACAUGAAGACACCACAGUACCGUACCAGCCUGCAGCAAGCCCUUGAGCAGGAAAAGCUGAGACACACAGAACUGUCCGGUCAAGCACAGCAGCUGCUCAACGUUUGUCAUGCUCAUAAGGAGAGGAUCAGAGACCUUUUCCAGUCCAAACUGGAGGAGCUGGGCUUGAAGGCGGUGACUGUGGAGGACCUAGUACAAGCUCAGAAGGAGAUCACAGCCCACAACAUACAGCUGAGGGAGCAGACCAAACAGCUGGAGAGGGACAUGGCGGAGCUCCGAGAUCAGAGCCUGGUGCUGCUGAAGGCUCGGUGUGAGGAGCUCAAGCUGGACUGGGGAUCUCUGUGUUUGGAGACUCUUUUGAAAGAGAAAGCGGCUCUGCGAAGACAAAUCUCAGAGAAACAGCGCCACUGUCUGGAGCUCCAGAUCAGUAUCGUUGAACUAGAGAAGAGCCAGAGGCAGCAAGAGCUCCUGCAGCUGAAGUCUUACAACCCGUGUGAGGAGUCCCCCUACCAAAAGGCCCUCCCUGGCCCAGAGCCCCGGCCCACACUGGAUUCCGACACCCCCAAACUCAAUCCACAAGCUUCUGUGGGGCUCAACGGCCUCAGCCCUGAGCUAUCCAUCAAUGGUACAACCUCGAUGGGUUACGAGAGAGGCAGUGGCAGCGGAAUGGGCAAAAACGAGCUCCUCACCCGCUACCUGCCCAUAUCCCCUGACCACGAAAUUGUGCCGCCCACCCCAGACUCAAGAACCAGGCAGCUAGGGCAACCCCUGCCUGACUACACCCGUUUUUCUCCUGCCAAGAUCGCCCUCCGCAGGCACCUCAACCAAGAUUCGGCUGCCAAUCAGUUUAGAGCCCUUGGCAACAUCCACCGGGGCGACAAUGGGGCUGUUUCAUCUCCAACUCUGGGAUUAAAACAGUCUUACUCCUCACCCAGUUCAACUGAUAUUCUAGCAACCACCACACCCAAGAGCACAGAUAAGGAAAAGAGCCCGACUGCCCCCGGCGACACUAUAACUAGUCUACCAAUCAGCAUCCCCCUCAGCACUGUGCAUCCAAGCAAACUUCCUGUCAGCAUCCCACUGGCCAGCGUGGUGCUGCCAAACCGUGCAGAAAGACUGAGGAGCACUCCUAGUCCAGUUUCGAAUCCAGCAGGACAGAGCAAUGGCAAGCCACCUCUCACGCCUACCUCGGGGUACUCCUCCAGCUCAGGAUUGGUGAAUGGCUCUCACUCCGCCAUGCUGACCGAGGACCAAGACUGUGACGCUGCAUCCCCUCCCCCUUACUGCACUCCCAUCAUGGGCCUCCAGCCUCGCGGCUCUGGCCUCAGUCCUGCGCUGGGCACUGGAGGCGUGCUGCAGUACGCCGAUGGCCCACCGAGGCUUCCCCCCGAGGACGGCCAUGAUCGCCAUGGCCCCGAAUCCGACACUGAGCCCUUGGACAGUGAGGCUAGUCGGCGUAUCUUUUUUUCUUCAUCCUCUUCUUCUUCCUCAUCUUCGUCCUCCACGGGAGGCUCAAGGCUCCACCACGGGUCGGUAAAGCAGGGUCAUCAUAAUCACAGUAAGCACCAUCACCACCACCACCACCAUCAUCAUCACUCUCCGAGCUCCCACAGCCAAGAGGGGCGGAAACGAGGGAGGCGGAAGCGCAGCUCAUCUGGGGCCGUUCCCAUUAGUGGAUCCCCCAAAAGAAGGGCAUUUCCGGGACUUGGCUGCUCAAGCCAUUCUUCUGGAUCACCGCUCAAUAUUAAUUCAAUGGUGAACAACAUAAACCAACCUUUGGAGAUCUCCGCCAUCUCUUCCCCAGAGCAGUCAGGACGAAGCCCGUGCGGGACAGAUCUAGAUCAGCCUCCCGUGCUUAAAAGAGAGCGUCCCCAGGAGCUCAACAACACAGGUCGUUAUUCCUCCACCCCUAGUUCAGAUGAAGAGGACACCAAUUAUGCCCCGGACACCUCUAGUUCAAGCCGAAUUGAACGGAAAAUCGCCACCAUUUCCUUAGAUCGAGACGGACCUAUCAGAGAUGUGGAAAGGGGCUUGCAAGGACGUAAAUCAGGUGCCAGUAGCGUGAGCAGUGAUGUAUCAUCUUCCUCCGGAGCCAGCAAGUGGAAAUCCACCUUCUCCCCAAUCUCUGACCCCAAGCCAACUCCUCCGGAUAGCCACCAGGGUGGCUCGCCAUUCAGUGUGGGGGCUUCCCGAUGCGGUACAGACUCCGACUCGGACCAGAAACCGCAGAGGAGAGGGGAAUGUGAGCAUGAUCCUUACGGGAACUCAAACCUCUUCCUCAGUCAGGAUGGCAGUGGUCGCUCGGUCGUCAACACGUUGGAGCGGCCGCUGCAGAAACCGAAAUCGCGGGAGUGGGACCUGAAAUCUAUAAGUGGAUUGGCCAGCCAGAACCUCUUUAUAUCCGCUGCGGCCAGUGGAGGCAUCUUGGGUGGGGCCUCCACAGUUUCCUCCUCCGCCUCAGUGGGACAGUACUUCCCCCUGGGUGGGGCUUCAGUUCUCCAGUCCUUAUUUGGAGCUCAGACACCUGGACCAACCACCAGCGGAGCCCCUCGGUUGGUCAACGGACAUUCGGCGCUCAGCAGUUUCUCCAGCGCUGGGCUGGCAGGGGGCGCUGCAGGAGGGAUUUUUCACCACAUGGUGCCUUCAGUCUCCUCACAGCAGUCUGGGGCCAAUCUCCCAGGCCCUGGGGCCCUCAGUUCCCAGCAGAGGCAUCUGGACACGAACCCCAAACCGGGGGCCUUGUUCUUGGCCUCCGGCCCCUCGCAGCACAGCCGCACACAGACAGUCCUACACGCGCCCUCCCCACCCGCCCUCGCCUUCCCUCCGCCUCCUCCCCUCCUGAACGUGUCCUCCGCUGUCCCGUCCCAACCUUCCUCCCCAUGUCCCGAGCGCCACCAGUCCUCAAGGCCACAGUCGUCCCUCCCCGCUUCCACCUCCUCCCCGUCUCUGGCCACCACAUCUGCUUCCGCCACCUCCUCCGCUUCCUCCCGGCCCUUCACUGUGCACUAUCCCCCGCAUCUGCCUCCUCCGCACCCUCCCGGCAGCGCAGGUUCAGGUGGGGCUGGGGCGUCUUGGAGGACUCUGGGUAUGCAGGCGUCCUACACAGCCUCGCAGAUCCCCAGCAAUCGCCCCAGAUAGCACAUGUCCGGGCACAGGAGGGUGGGGGAAGGGGGGUUUGACAUGGAAAUAGACUAUUACUAGACGGAUAGAGGGAAGCUACUGCGCUCUGCCAGCUAUGAUCCCAACAAGGUAACUGAAGAAAUCUACCUCAACCCAGCAUAACCUAUGCAAUGGACAGGUGUGGACCAAUGGGCUCGACUCGCUCGCCGGUGCUCAAACAUUUGCUAAAGCCGCCACUGUAAAACUGAUAUGGGUAUCAGAACUUAUCACGGGUGCAGCUUAACACACACACACGGCCCCUGAAUCAGAUUCAGAUUAACACAGUAUGCAGCUUCCUUGUUUUUCAGAGUGUUUUAAGGUGGCACCAUGUUGGGCUGAUGCUAACAGCCAUUUAUCAAUAAUUGCGAGUUUAACAUGGCCUUACAGAUGGGUGGUUUACUACAUUUACAGCCAUCUUCUGGUUGAUUCACAAUCGAUGCCACAGGAAGUGGUUUAAAUGUCAGGAAUAUCAUUUCAGUCAGUACGGUUUCAAUAGGCCGUACACAAAAAAAAUGACUUGUGAAUCUCUGUAACCUUGCUGCUGUUAUCAGUGGAAAGAAAUGUGGCUUUUUGUGAUUUACAACUCCUAUUCGGAUGGACUCCAUGAAGCCCCUGGAGCCUGAUACAAUUCCCAUGCCUGGACAUCACCCUUACAGCCUGAGCUUGUGCUGUGAACUCACUAUUUUAGUGAAAUUGAUGUUAACAAAUAGUGUAGUAGUUACCUUGGCUUGGGAAUGUUAACAUCUCAUCAUAUUAAUUGUUUGCCUUUAUAAGGUGAAAUAUGUAGGAAACCACAAGCUCCAGCUGUAUAAGGGUGAAUUUCCAUGUGAUAUUUUACCU